AUGAGAAGGUGUGAUGAGUUAGGCUUAGUUGAAACUAUCUACGAAGCAGAUCAUGAAGAAGAAGACGAAGAAGAAGAAGAAGAAGAAGAGGAAGAGGAAGAGGAAGAAGAUGGAAAGGCUUUGUCUAAUCCUGCUUCUUCUUUCACCAUUUCACCUGUAACUCUCUCAUCAGUUAAUCUUUCUUCUACUCCAUGUAGUUUUCCUUCGUCAUCUCCUGCUCUGCAAACCAUUGUAGAUGGAUGGUCAAAGGCUGUGGGACAUAAUUGCGAUAUAGUAAUUAGAGUGUAUGGAGAUUACUUUUUUCUUCAUAGGGAACCGAUGAUCUCUGCCAGCCGUUACCUGAGACGGCGUCUAUGGAAAGACGACGACGUCAGCGUCUCCCCACCGUUGAACAUAACGGUCGAGACCUUCACCGAGCUGGUUCGCUUUUGCUACAGCGGGGCUCUCAGUCUAACUCCGUUGAACUUAGCGGCCUUAACCGCCGCCGCCGCGUUGCUUGAGAUGGAGGAUGGAGUCUCCGAAUGGAGCAUUGCUCGCCGGACGGAGGAGUUUUUCCGACGGGAGAUUGCCGGAGACGAGGAGAAGGCGGAGGCCGUGCUGUGGAGUUGCGUGGAGAUACUUCCAGGAGCUGGGGAGGCGGCGGCGGAAAUGGCGGCGAGAUGCGUGCAGGUGUUGACGGAGGCGGCGGCUGACGGAGAAGAUGGCGGCGAGGAGUGGAUCGCGAAGAUGACGGAGAUUCCGGCCGAUUCGUUCGGAAUGAUUAUGGAGUCAAUGGCCAGGUGGUCCAAUUCAACUGCUAUAAAAUUCAUAUUUUUCUUUUUUAAACAGGUCAACAACGGCAGACUAACCGAUGAAGAGAAGUUGAUAAUCUGCAAUUCAAUAGACAGCUCAAAGCUCUCGCAUCACCUUCUCCUUCACCUCGUUCAAAACUCCCAUCUUCCGCUCCGCUUCAUAUUCAAAGCCAUGCUCCUUCCAUACCCCAACGCCACCGCAGCCCGAAUCGCCACCCUCGGUGACUUGCUCCACCAUGAUGCUGCGGCCAACCAAGCCUCCAACCUCGCCGUUCGCAUUGAAAGCCUCGAACGCGAUGUUGCCGGCCUCCGUCGCCGUCUCCGUUGGUCGGAGGAGAAACGAUUCGAGUUGGAAUCUGGCGGUCGAGCAAAAAGCUUUCGUUUUUUUCAUGGCGAUGGGGAAAAUGGGGCCGCCGCUGCGCCGGCAGGGAGGCGCGUCGGGAAAGGGAGAGGAUUGGGAAGGAAGCUGGUGGAGGGGAUCAGAAGAUUUUUUAGAAGGGAUAAGGAAGGAGAGAGAGCUGGCAAUAUGAUGAUGAAUAAAUAUUUGGCUUUUUAUUAA